UAUCAUGGUUAUGCAAUGAAUACACCUGAUGUUUCUUCAAUGCUAAAACCGACUGAUGACUUUUAUUUUGGUAUAUUGUUGUCUAAAUUUAGCCGGAAGUUGAACCAGUUCAUUCUCUGACGGAACACUAGAGUUUACUGGAGCCAGAAAUGUUGGACUACGAUCAUGUAAAUAUAGUUAAUAGAGAAGCUAGCACAAUUGGCGUGGUGUAACGUUUUAUUGUGAAAGGCUGACGAUGCUGUUAAUAUAGUUUACCAGGCUGAUUUAGGUAUUUCUUCACAGUUGGCCGUUGGGUUCGCUUUGGAGUUAACCUACCGGUACUUGUUUAAUAUUUCGCGUUGAUAUGGCGAGAUAUCAUUCGUACGACGACAGCCAUUUCCAAAGGACAGACCUCGGACCAGCCCACUUUCCCCAACUCAUCCCUCCCGGGUCAAACUUCCAGCAUGGUCCUGUCGCGCAGCUACCACUGCCCGAAAUACGCGUGCCACCUUGGUCCAUAUCAGGUCCGGGGCGAGGCUAUCCUAUAGAUGGAACACCAAUGGGUUAUGGUUCUGUCGAAGAGAGACGACACAGUGAAAUACCUUCAAGAUCAGGGGAUUGUCAUGUCCCAACUCCCAGUCCACCGAUUGCACUUAGAUACUUUCCUCCUCCAGGAGAGUAUAGACACGGCCCGCCGCCGAGGCAAGAGCUUGCUCCUACGGCUCCUGGCGUCCAGCCGGGGAAGGCUGGAGGUCCCAGACCGUGUGAGUUUAAUCUUAGACCAAGAGAUGAAUGUGGACCUCCUGAACCAGUGCAACCGCGUGACCUUGCACCUUUCGUCGUGCGUGAUAUUUCCAAGGUCCUGCAAGAGCGGGAGAGUCUGAGGAAAGACAGAGGUGUUUACCUGACGAGGACACAAAGCCUGGCCAUGGAGAUGGUGCGCCUUCAGAAACAGCUGCGAGAGCUAGCAGGGCCGGGAACAAUGAGGCUGGGACAUGAAGAACCCAAGCUGUGGGCCUUCACUCAGCUGCUGGAGCGCAUAGAGGCCCAGCUCUCAUCCCUGCGACGGGCUGACGACUUGGCCAUUGAUCAACUCCUCAGGCUGCAGCAGGAGUCCGUGCACCUGGGCCACCCCCCUCCAGCUCUCCCCUGGACCUCAGACACAGAUAUCCUGCUGCCAGAACAGGGCAACAAGAAGCGACGGGCUGACGACACGGCCAUGGAUCAACUCCUCAGGCUGCAGCAGAAGGCCAUGCACCUGGGCCACCCCCCUCCAGCUCUCCCUUGGAAGCACCCUCAGGAGAGAGUCCUUGCCAAAUGUGCCCCCCUCCCACAGCCAAGACCACAGGAGCCCCCCCACCCUGACCCCCCCAGACCACAGCACCCACCCCACUCUGAUCCCCCCAGACCACAGCACCCACUGACCGCCACAGUAAGGCCUCUGCUUGAGAGACACACAGGACUCAUCAAAUCUGUGAAGGCAAGUGAUGAUCCGAAGGAGGCACCAGACACAGGCUUGAUCAUGGCCAAAGUAUGUGGAGAGCCAAUGGAGAUCUACUUUAGCAAAGAUGAGCACCCAGCCACUCUGCUGCCGUCAGACCUGGUGACCUUCCAGGUGUUGACUGACCUGCCAACCAACCAGCCACGAGCCGUCAACAUCCAACUGAAGCUUCCAGAGACUUUCCAGGUCACCCAGGAGAAACGCAAGAGGGGAUUGAUCAUGGACAUCAAGGAUGGUUCCUGCUCCAUCAUGUCUGAGAACCACAGCAACCUCUGGGCCGACAUGAGAGAGAACCUGAGUGAAGGGGACCUGGGAGUCAUGGACGAGGUGGAGUUCACCGCCCUCCCGGUGAGUUAGUCAGGCACCAGCUCCAUACUGUGGAAGGGCGUCAGGUUUGAGAAUACAAGGUGGAGCUCACUAUAGUCAUGGUGACUUCAUCAACAUAGCACCUGUGGGAUGGGUCUCAGAUUUGAGAAUAAAUAACUCUGUUUCUGAGUUACUGGGAUUUUUGCAAUAUGGAACUACCUUGUUUUAGUUUAUAUAUUAGGAUGAAAUUAUGUCUAUUUCUGUCAUGAUUCUAGAUAGGUGCAUGGGUGCAUGUUGGUGAUUCCUGUACUUUUCACUAGUGGUUGUCUUAGGUACUUAUGCAGUUGAUUGCGCACCAGGCUGGUAAGAAGCCUUGUGACUAUAGCAGUAACAGUUGGAAGAAUAAAACCGUGUCUCCUGAUUUAUCACCAUUGCCUGAGUCUCUAAGUCUGUGGUAGUAACAAUUACCAUCACACCCCAGGAUGCCAUCCUGGUAACAGUCUGACUGAGAACAUUGGGCCUCAUUAACGAACACAGUUAAGAACAAGUUAGGAAGAAAUUUCGACUUACGACGUUCCCGGGACAGUUCUGGCAUUCAUGACAUUUUUGUCAUCUGGGAUUCGUUCUUAACUUAGACCAGAAAUAGCAGUCGUAAAUCGGCCAGAUUGUUCUUAAGGGCUGAAUUU